CGAAUGUGAUGAUCACAUGACCACACAUCUCAUUUCUGAUGGCAGGCGGUGAGAAUGACAAAGAACAGGGUGACCGACCCCACUUCUCUUCGAAGCUGGGCCUCAUCUGCUCCUGCCUGGGGUGCAUGGUGGGGACAGGCAACAUCUGGAGGUUCCCCCGGAUAGUAGCCACCAACAGCAGAGAUGAGGGAGGUCUCGUCUUCCUCUUGGUGUGGUUCUUCUUCCUCGUUUUCUGGUCGAUACCGAUGCUUCUGAUCGAAUACGGCACGGGCCGGUACACCCAGAAGGCAGUGGUGGACUCGUUCCGUCAGUUCGUUGGGAACAAGGCGGCAUGGUGUGGGGCGUGGAUUACCAUAGUUUCCUUCAUGAUCUCAUGCUACUACUCCGUGAUUCUGGGAUGGUGCUUCUACUACUUCAUCUACUGCAUCUUCCACGAACUGCCAACUGAGGAGGAGGAAUCCAAAGCUAUAUUCUCCGACUUCGCGGAGAAAAGCGCUUGGCCGGUACUGACUCACGGGAUCGCCAUCGUCAUAGCUGGCCUGUCCGUGGUGAAAGGGGUCAAGACUAUAGAGAAGGUCAACAUGUUUCUCGUCCCCGUGUUGUUGCUGAUCCUGCUGUUCACGUUCGUGUGGUCAUUGACACGGAAGUACGCGGAUAUCGGCAUCAAGUAUCUCUUCACGCCAAACUGGGACUCUUUUGGCGACCCCCGUGUAUGGGUGGACGCCCUCAGCCAGAACGCCUUCGACACCGGGGCUGGGUCGGGGCUCAUGAUCCCCUACUCCUCCUACAUGACCAGGGAGAACGGCAUCGUCCGAUACGGCACCCUCAUCCCCACCGCCAACAACCUCGUCAGCCUGAUAUCCGGGAUCACCGUGUUCUCCACCGUGUUCUCCGCCAUCAUCGUCACCAAGCCGUCCCUGACGCAGUCCAGGAUAGUGGGCAUCAUCAAGGACAGUGGACCCGGAAGUACUGGGCUCACCUUUAUCUGGAUCCCAGUUCUGUUCUCCUCGGUGGGAAUAUUUGGCAGAGUACUGUCCGUCCUCUUUUUCCUGACUCUCUCCUUCGCCGGAGUUACAUCGCUUAUAUCGAACAUCGAGCUGUUCACACAUACUCUGCAAGACUUUGGAUUAAAGAGGCGAUACGGCACCCCGUUAACAGUCGCUUUGACGUUCCUCAUUGGGCUCAUGUCUGCGCUGAACUUGGACAUUCUCACAAAUCAGGACUUUGUGUGGGGAUUUGCUCUUGUCAUCAACGGCCUGAUGCUACAAGCGAUGGUAAUCAUGUACGGCGUGAAGCGGUUCCGGACAGAGGUCGUCAACAACUUCGGCGUGGGGGACUGGAAACUGCCUUGUCUCUGGGACUGGAUAGUCAAGGUUGUCGCCCCGCUAGAGGGCGUUGUGCUCAUCGUGUGGUGGGCUAUUGACCUCAUCUCCAACUCAAGUGGAGAUGGCGAGAAGUGGUAUGAGUUCGGAAGAGAAACUUUCAUUGUCACAGUGGUACAGUGGUUUGGCUUGAUGAUGUUGACAAUCCUGUGCAAUGUGGUGGCCAUUGUAUGUGUAUCGAGAUGGUCGAAGAGUUCGACCUACAUGGUCUUCAAGGACACGAGUCAUCUAGAACCACUCACGGCCUCAGCGCCGGAAUAUGGUUCAGUGAGCAAGAAGGACCUGCAUUCCUCACAGACAUACCAGGAUAUCAAGUUGUGAUGAACGCUCUUCAUAAUCUCUUCAUACUUAAAGUAUAUUCGUUCAUGUCCAUGUAUGUUGUGGUAGAGUGACCAGGGCCCCAUUCGCAAAGUGAUCUUGGGCUGCGACUGUCGUAAGCUAUGGUCGCUUUGCGGAACGGGGUCCAGUUUUGUGCAAUCGACUCGAAUGGGCAGUGCAAUCCAUCAUUGUCUUCGUUAUUUGAACUGAAUUACGGUAUAGUGUCCUUUCCGUGUUUGAGCAUUUUAAAAAUAAUUUUGGAUGGGCAUUUCAUCCCGACCAGAUCACCCCAAGCUCCCUUGACGAUAAAAUCAAACAUAUUGCAAAGAAUCAAACCUAUUUCAGCUUGAUUUAUCUUCCCAUGCUUUUAAUGUAAGUAAGUAAGUAUUUUGUAAUCGAAGUUUCUUGGCAAAGAGGGGCUGUCGGGUAGCCUAGUGGUUAAAGCGUUCGCUCGUCACGCCGAAGACCCGGGUUCGAUUCCCGACAUGGGUACAAUGUGUGAAGCCCAUUUCUGGUGUCCCCCGCCGUGAUAUUGCUGUAAUAUUGCUAAAAGCGGCGUGAAACCAAACUCACUCAAUCACUCACUUCUUGGCAAAGAUAAACUGGUUGAAAAAUGAAAACUUCAACUGUGUUUUAACACAUAUUGAUUAUCAAUAAACAUUUUUAUUUUGCUGUU